AUGAUCCCCAUCCGAACAUUUCUGCUGCUGCUCCAGCAUUUAUUUCUAAUGUCUCCUUUUGCAGCCUCAGGUUCUCGCCACCAUCGUAACCAUUCCUUGCUUGCCGACGAAGCUGUUCUUCUAGCAUUCAAAAAGACCAUAGUUUUUGAUCCAAAGUCCAAGCUAGCUAGCUGGACUGAGGCCGGAGAUGUUUGCAGCUUCACAGGAGUCAGAUGUAGCAAACAUAAUCACAGUGUGGUAGGACUCAACCUUUCCCGAAGUGAACUCACUGGGCCACUGUCACCUAUCAUUUCAAAUCUCAGCAGGCUUCGACAUCUGAGUCUUGAUGAGAAUCACUUUUAUGGGAUUAUUCCUCCAGAAAUCUCUGCUCUUCAGCAUCUGCAUUCUCUCCGGCUAGACAGCAACAAUCUAAAUGGCUCGUUUCCAGAAUUUCUUGCCUUUCUUCCCAGCCUCACUGUGCUAGGUCUCAGUGAAAACCAUUUGAUGGGCACACUUCCACCUUCCUUAUUCUCUAACUGCACUUCAUUAGCAAAUAUAGACCUGUCCCAUAACUUCCUCACAGGAAACAUUCCGAAAGAGAUUGGAAAUUGUCCAGAUCUCUGGAACCUCAAUCUGUACAACAAUCAAUUUACAGGAGAACUUCCUGCAUCUUUAGCCAACAAUUCAGCACUAUAUAAUAUAGAUGUGGAGUACAACGAUCUUACUGGAGAAUUGCCUGCAAAUAUCAUAGGGAAACUAUUUUCAGUUGUCUUACUCCAUUUCUCAUAUAAUAAGAUGGUCAGCCAUGAUCACAACACCAACCUCGAGCCAUUCUUCACAGCACUUGCAAAUUGUACCGAAUUAGAGGAGUUGGAAUUGGCUGGUAUGUCCCUUGGAGGAAGAUUGCCCAGUUCCAUUGGCCGACUUAGUGUCAAUCUAAGUAGUCUGUUAUUGCAAGAAAACAGGAUCUUUGGAACGAUUCCUCCAGAUAUAACACAUCUUUCCAGUCUCACGUUGCUGAACUUGACGUCCAAUUCUCUAAAUGGAACCAUUCCAGCCGAUAUCAACCGGAUGUCUUCCUUAGAGCAGCUUUUCUUAUCUCACAACUUAUUAACUGGAGCAAUUCCAGCAGCAUUAGGUCAGCUCCCUCAUCUUGGUCUGCUUGACCUGUCAAACAAUCAAUUCUCUGGUGAAAUCCCUGCAAGUCUGGGAAAUUUGGUUCGAUUGAAUUUUAUGUUUCUCAACAACAACCUCCUUUCGGGAACUAUUCCUCCAACACUAGGGAAGUGCACUGAUUUGUCCAUGCUGGACUUGUCCUAUAACAGAUUGACAGGAAGCAUCCCUCCAGAAAUAUCAGGUAUACGCGAGAUCCGAAGAUAUCUAAAUCUUUCACACAAUCAUCUUGAUGGUCCAUUACCUAUAGAACUCAGUAAGUUGGAAAAUGUUGAAGAGAUAGAUGUUUCAUCAAACAACCUCAGUGGAAGCAUCUUCUUUCAGAUAUCAAGCUGCAUCGCAGUGAAGCUGAUAAAUUUCGCACAUAAUUCUAUUCAAGGGCACCUUCCUGAUUCCAUUGGUGAUCUAAAGAACCUUGAAUCCUUUGAUGUUUCAGGAAACCACUUAUCUGGAGGGAUCCCAACAAAACUCAACAAAAUUCAAAGCCUCAGUUUCCUAAAUCUUUCUUUCAAUGACUUUGCAGGAGUGAUACCCUCUGGCGGUGUCUUCAAUUCUGUCACAGAUAAGUCAUUCUUAGGCAAUCGGCAUCUUUGUGGCACAGUUCCUGGCAUGCCCAAAUGCUCUCAGAAGAGGCAUUGGUUUCGCUCACGUAUGUUCUUGAUUGUAUUUGUACUAGUCACAUUUGUAUCAGCUUUCUUAACAACGAUAUGUUGCGUGAUUGGAAUCCGCCACAUUAAGGCAAUGGUUUCCUCUGGACGCUCUACGGAUACAGAGCUGGCAAGAAAACCAAAAACUCCAGAACUGAUCCACAAUUUUCCAAGAAUUACAUAUAGAGAACUCUCUGAAGCCACAGAAGGGUUUGAUGAGCACAGACUAGUUGGGACAGGUAGCUAUGGACGUGUCUAUAAGGGACUUCUUCUGGAUGGGACAGCCAUAGCCGUAAAGGUAUUGCAAUUUCAGUCUGGGAAUUCAACCAAGAGUUUUAACAGAGAAUGCCAAGUUUUGAAGAGGAUAAGGCACAGAAAUCUGAUAAGGAUCAUAACAGCAUGCAGUCUUCCAGAUUUCAAGGCUCUUGUUCUUCCAUACAUGGCAAAUGGAAGCUUGGAUAGCCGUCUAUAUCCACAUUCAGAGACAGGUUUGGGUUCAGGCAGUUCCGAUUUGACUCUCCUCCAGAGGGUUAGCAUUUGCAGUGACAUAGCUGAAGGCAUGGCCUAUCUGCAUCACCACUCUCCUGUUAAAGUCAUCCAUUGCGAUCUAAAGCCGAGUAACGUUCUUCUCAAUGAUGACAUGACAGCUCUGGUUUCUGAUUUUGGUACAGCAAGGUUAGUUAUGACAGUUGCGGGUGGAAAUUGUGGGGUGGCUGAGAACAUGGGAAACUGUACAGCAAAUUUGUUAUGCGGAUCAAUCGGUUACAUCGCACCAGAGUAUGGGUGUGGAUCAAACACUUCUACAAAAGGAGAUGUUUACAGCUUUGGAGUUCUAGUUCUUGAGAUGGUGACUAGAAAAAGGCCAACGGAUGACAUGUUUGUUGGUGGGCUAAACCUACAAAGAUGGGUCAAGACUCACUACCAUGGUAGAUUGGAGAAAGUGGUAGACUCUUCCUUAAUGAGAGCUUCAGGAGAUCAAUUCCCUGAAGUGAAAAGGAUGUGGGAAGUUGCAAUUGGAGAAUUAGUUGAGCUGGGUAUUCUUUGCACUCAGGAGUCUCCCUCUACUAGGCCUACAAUGCUUGAUGCUGCUGAUGACUUGAAUAGACUAAAGAGGUAUCUUAGUGACGACACAACUGCCACAUUUGCUUCCUCUCUAGGAAUUUCAUCAUCCACUCUCGGAAAUGACUAA